UUAGGGAGUCGUUCAAUACAAACGAUUCUGACGUGGUAUUUAAGCGAAAGUGCGCAGAAGUCUGAGUGCACAGUUGUCGGGGUUCCAGCAGGCUGUGAAACGGGCAAAAACUAAGGACUUCCGAUAAGAUCAGUAAACUAGUCUUCAUGGAGAAGCCAGAGAUGGAGGAGCCUCAGUGCUGUCAGAGUGCCGAGAACGAAACGGUCCAGACUGAGCAAGGAAAAGGGAUUCGUCAUAAGCGGAGGUCUAUUUCACCUUGUCAAGUUUCAGUGAAGAGUGAUGAUUCAAUGAUACACCCAAUUUCUUUUCCUUCAGGCAGAAGAGUUCGAAAGGCUUCACCAACACCAGACCAUCUUUCUGUGAAGAGCGAAGUCUCAAUGAUGCAACCACUACACUUCAGUCAAGGAGAACAGCAGAAAUAUACAAGAGUUCGAACGGCUUCACCAACACCAGACCAUCUUUCUGUGAAGAGCGAAGUCUCAAUGAUGCAACCACUACACUUCAGUCAAGGAGAACAGCAGAAAUAUACAAGUGAGCUAUUUGAUGAGGUAUUGAAGUGCUCAGUUUGUACUAAGCUCUUAAACGACCCGGUCUCUACGUCGUGCGGACACACGUACUGCAGACCGUGCAUCACCAAUUAUCAGGCCCAGUCUGAACAUGGAGAAAGUGCUUGCCCAAAGUGUGGGAAAACAUCUGGCUCGUGUUCCGUCCUACACACAAAUAACGCUGUAGCAGAGUUGGUACAGAAAAUCAAGCUGGCGCAACAUAGUUCUGCUGACGUUAUGGAGACUGAUGACGUGCAACUAAGAUUCUGUCAGGAGCACCUCAGAGCUCUGGUUAUGUUCUGCAAAACUGACCUGACAUCCAUUUGUUCGGAGUGUGCCGUGAAGGAGCAUAGAGAACAUGAAAAACAAUACACUAAGCUCUCAACAGUUCCCAAUACUCUGACCACGCUACAGAACAUACUGGGUAGCUUUACAACCUCAGAGUUUCGGGAGUUUAAAAGAAAUUUGAGUUACGAAUACCCAGAAUGCUUUGGGACGUUGCAAGCUAAUUGUAGCACUCGGGAUGUUGCUGAAAGGCUGAUGAGAGGUUUCUCCGAGGAUGAAGUUCUGAAAGUCACACUUCAGUUGGCAUCAAUCAAGCCUGUAUCCAAAUGUCAAGAAAAGAUAAAGGAAAAACUCUGAAGGAAAUUUCGACAUAUUCACGAAGGACUUGCACUACCAAGGACACAAGUUGUGUUGCAUGACAUUUACACAGAGCUCUACAUCACUGAAUGUG